GAAUUGCAUCUCUGCUGGUUUUCCGCUCUGCCUCAUACCAAUCUCAAAAGCGGAUCAAUUCGGAGGAAGAAAUCGGGACCUUAGAAGGUUUUUGGUGGAAUACUCCGGAGCACCCCCUACUCUCCAUCUUGUACCUCCCAAUUCAAUUUAUUCCCUGUUGCAUUCCUGGACUCCUAUUGUUUUUAAACCUUCCCUGGCGAGUCGAGAUAAGGUUACACACUAAAUAAUAAUAAAAAAACAAUGGAUAAAACGGAUCUUAUUCAGAAGGCCAAGUUGGCAGAGCAAGCCGAGCGCUACGAUGACAUGGCUGCCUCCAUGAAGGAGGUAACGGAGCAGGGGGGCGAGCUGUCAAACGAGGAGAGGAACCUGCUAUCUGUCGCAUACAAGAACGUUGUCGGAGCACGGCGGUCGGCAUGGAGGGUCAUCUCCAGCAUCGGACAGAAGACCGAGGGAAGCGACAAGAAGCUCGCAAUGGUCAACGAAUACCGGGAGAAAGUGGAGGGAGAGCUGAGAGAUAUCUGCAAUGACGUACUGGAACUUCUGAAUAAAUAUUUAAUUGAGAACUCCACAAACGCCGAAAGCAAAGUCUUCUAUCUUAAGAUGAAGGGGGACUACUAUAGAUACCUUGCCGAAGUCGCCUCCGGGGAUGACAAGACAGCGACCAUAGAGAACUCUCAGGAGGCUUAUCAGCAGGCGUUUGACAUCAGCAAGAAGGAGAUGGACCCCACGCAUCCCAUCCGCCUGGGCCUGGCCCUCAACUUCUCAGUCUUCUUCUACGAGAUCCUCAACUCCCCAGAGAAGGCCUGCUCACUGGCCAAACAGGCAUUUGACGACGCCAUCGCAGAGCUGGACAAACUGAACGAGGAGUCCUACAAAGACAGCACUCUCAUCAUGCAGCUGCUCAGAGACAACCUGACAUUAUGGACAUCCGACAACGCUCCCGAGGAAGGGGAAGGCGGAGAAGCCGGCGAGGCCGGAGAGACCGAGAACUGAAACUGAGUCACAUCUCUCCAAAAAAAUAA